ACGCAACCCGGAAGCGGAAGUAUAUGAGUGUUUUUCUUAGCGAACUGCUGUGUAAACAUUUGCGAUUAAGGCCUAAAUGAAUCAGAUAAUCCAUAAAACCUCUUCUAAGAACCUAACAUUGGAUUUUAGCUGUUUUUAAAACUCAAUUUUGUGUUUGACCUCGGAUUUUAAACUUUCACCAAAUAGAAAUGGACAGUGAAACUUCAGAGUUUGAGCCGCACUCAGGGCCGGAGAUGAGCAUGAGCCAGGCCAACGCUCCAGUGUACUGCAUCUGUCGCAAACCAGACAUCAACUGCUUCAUGAUCGGCUGCGACAGCUGCAACGAGUGGUUUCAUGGAGACUGCAUUAAUAUAUCUGAGAAGAUGGCGAAAUCCAUUCGGGUGUGGUACUGUGAAAAAUGUCGGGGUCACGACAUGGAGAGUCAGCUCGAGCACGACACGCCCGAUUUUAAGAACGAUCGUCGACGUGGGUCACGGGUUUCUUUUAUGCGUUCGCAGAUUAAGCGCUCUGCACGGAUGUGUGGGGAGUGUGAGCCCUGUAUGCGAACAGAGGACUGCGCUCAGUGUGACUUCUGCUUGGACAUGAAGAAGUUUGGCGGGCCUAACAAGAUCAGGCAGAAGUGCAGGCUCAGGCAGUGUGAAGUGCGCGCCCGGAAAAUGCUGCGUGUGAAGGACGAAGAAUUCUCCAUGUCCAAAGCCCUCGACCCCUACCAGCCUGACUACGGCCUAUCGGACGAUUAUAGCGAGAACGAGAUGGAGCUCUACCAGCAGUACUGUGCCGGCAAAUACUCCGAAUACGGAUGGAACAGCGAUGAAGAAGACGGUCCGUUUGUUGAUUCCACCGUGCGAAAGCGAGCCGUGAAGGUCAAGCACGUGAAGCGAAGAGAGAAGCGGUCUGAGAAAAAGAAAGAGGAGACCAAGCCACGUAAACACAAACCGAAGCAGAAACACAGGGACAAGGUGAGGCACAGCGAGAGGACAGAAGCUCGAGACAGCGGGGAAGUCAGACAGUGCCUCGGGCCAAGCUGCGUUGAAGCGGCGCGUCCCAACUCCAAGUACUGCUCUGAUGACUGCGGCAUGAAGCUCGCCGCCAACCGGAUCUAUGAGAUCCUCCCUCAGCGUAUCCAGCAGUGGCAGCAGAGCCCCUGCAUCGCCGAGGAGCAGGGAAGGAAGCUUCUGGAGCGAAUCCGGCGCGAGCAGCAGUUAGCCCGGACACGGCUCACGGACAUGGAAAAACGUUUCCAUGAGCUGGAGGGCAUCAUCGCUAAAGCAAAACAACAAGUCGUGCAACAUGACGAAGAGGUAAACGAAGGAGAUGAUGACACAGACCUUCAGAUUUUCUGCGUCUCCUGCAGUCACCCUGUCAACCCCAAGGUGGCACUGCGUCAUAUGGAGAGGUGUUAUUCCAAGUACGAGAGUCAGACAUCAUUUGGCUCUAUGUAUCCCACACGCAUAGAGGGUGCAACAAGGCUGUUCUGUGAUGUAUACAAUCCUCAAAGCAAAACGUACUGUAAAAGGCUUCAGGUUCUCUGUCCUGAGCAUUCCCGUGACCCAAAGGUUCCAGCAGAUGAGGUGUGCGGAUGUCCUUUGGUGCGUGACGUCUUCGAGCCCACGGGCGAGUACUGCCGAGUGUCAAAGCGCAAGUGCAACAAACACUACUGCUGGGAGAAACUGCGUCGGGCCGAGGUGGACCUGGAGAGAGUGCGAGUGUGGUACAAGUUGGACGAGUUGUUUGAACAGGAGCGCAACGUCCGAAUAGCGAUGACGAAUCGCGCGGGUCUCCUGGCUCUUAUGCUACAUCAGACGAUUCAACACGACCCACAUUCCACAGACCUACGCUCCAGCAAAGACAGAUAGCCAGCCAAGAAUUUCUUUUAUACCAUCUGAUGUUUGUUCUAAAAAUUCUUAGAAAAAAAGCAUGUUUCAUUAAAAUAUAUGAAUAAUUAACAACUUAAUACUAUUAAUAUGAGUGUUAGAUGAUGACACUAUAAUAAAGAUAUAUUAGGAGUUAUGUGAAGUGUUACGAGUGCUCUAUAUAAGCUAUAUAAAGUUGUUCUGUGUGUCCAUAGAUAUCAUUUAAUUAGUCAUCAUGAUACUGUUUUACCAUUUUUAAUUCUAGGCAUACUUAUUAAAAACAAUUAUUGGUGCUUUUCUUGUUUAAACAAUAAAGAAUUGUGUAUCAUUGUGUAACAAUGGCUGAUACAUUUAAUUCAUGGAAAUAAACUU